AUGGAUGACCACGAAAAGCAAACGCAGGAUGCUCAAUUCUCAAACACCAGUACCGAUAAUGAAUCGAAUUCCCAAACCCCGACUCCCACUUUGACAAAUCCCGGGCCUCCUCCGGAUGGUGGAUUCACAGCUUGGCUGCACGUUUUCCUCACGCACCUCGUCUUCUUCAAUAGUUGGGGUUUCGCAAACAGUUAUGGAAUUUUUCAAGAAUACUAUACCGUCAGCCUGGCCCAAAGUUCUUCUUCCAUUGCUUGGAUCGGCAGUGUUCAAGUAUUUCUUGCUCAUGCGGUCUGUGUUGGUUUAGGCAACGGUUUGUCGUUUUGUCCAGCUCUGUCCGUCUUGUCCACGUAUUUCAAGAAUAACAGGGCGUUAGCUGUGGGGAUUGCAGCGGCGGGGGGAGCAAGUGGAGGUUUAGUGUAUCCGGCUGCUGUACAUGUAUUACUCGGAAAAGUCGGAUUCGCGUGGACGUUGAGGAUCGUAGGGUUUAUUAUGUUGGCAGCUCAUGUUCCUUCAAUUUUCCUUUUUAAGCCAAGAUUACCUCCUUAUAAGGCGGGUGCUUUGGUGGAAUGGGCGGCAUUCAAAGAACCUGCAUAUACUUUCUUUACCAUGGGUAUGUUCUUCAAUUACUGGGGGCUGUAUUUCGCUUUCUUCUAUCUGGGCACAUUCGCUCGCGACCGCUUGGGCGCUACGACUGAAACUUCCGUUAACCUUCUAAUGAUUUUGAAUGGGAUUGGAAUCAUCGGACGCAUUAUCCCAAACCUCAUCGGAGAUCGGAUCACUGGACCCUUCAACAUCCUCAUUCCAUUCAGUUUCGCAGCAUGCAUUUUGGUUUAUUGCUGGGCGGCUGUUGAUUCAAUAAGUGGAAUGUAUCCAUUUGCUAUCAUAUAUGGAUUUGUUGCAGCUGCCUUGCAGGCGCUUCUUCCGGCCACUGCUACAAUCUUGGCGACGGAUCCGAAGAAAACGGGAGUGAGGUUGGGUAUGAUUUUGAGCGUUGUUAGCUUUGCGUGUUUGACUGGACCACCAAUUUCUGGUGCGUUGAUUCAGGCUGGAGGAGGAAAUUAUCUUUAUGCGCAGAUCUUUGCGGGAACAUCGAUUGCGCUUAGUGGAUUGUGUCUUGUAGCUUCGAGGGUAUCGAAGUCUGGAUGGAGUUGGGUUAAGGUCUAG